AUGGGGACUCGUCUCAAAAAGGGUAUUUCUGUAAAUGGACAAUCACGGGAAAUCAUAUAUAAUGUAUACAAAUAUUUUUCAAGAGAAGCGGAAACUUUUAAAUACUUAUUCAAAGAACUCCCGAAUUUGAAAAAUUUGCGGUUGAAGCUAAUAGAAGCUAUUAAUUUCAAGGGUUCUACAGUCACGCUACGAAAAAUUCUACGAAAAAUGGGAUUUUGGUACUGUAAAACAAGGGAUAAUCGAAAAACUUUGAUGGAAAAGCAUGAUGUGCGACUGAAAAGGACCAAAUAUUUAGAUAAAAUUAAAAUAAGCAGGAACGAAGGAAGUGAUAUAGUGUAUAUGGACGAGUCGUAUAUACACACCAACGCAGGAAUUAAAAAACCAAUUUCCAAAGGACAACGUCUCAUAAUAGCUCACGCCGGCAGUGAAAAUGGUUUUGUACCUGGUGCGUUGCUUGUGUAUAAAUCUACAGACACAACAGGCGAUUAUCACAAAGAGAUGAAUAGCGAGAACUAUGAAAAAUGGGUUAAAAAUCAACUUAUUCCAAAUUUGCCGACGAAUUCAGUGUUAGUUGUUGAUAACGCCCCAUAUCACAACAAAUACACCGAAAAACUGCCCAAUUCUAAUACCCGGGAACAAGACAUGAUAGAUUGGUUGACAACACAUAAUAUUCCAGUAGACCCCAACGAGGCUCCUUUGCAAUACAAACACGAACAUAUACAAUACUCCAUAGAUAAAAUACUGGCUGAACAUGGUCAUUCUGUUCUGCGUUUACCUCCGUACCACCCAGACUUUAAUCCUAUUGAGAAUAUAUGGGCCCAAUUAAAACAAUACGUAGCUCAACGUAAUGUUGAUAUGACUUUGACAAGCGUAAAGAAUCUACUGCAAGAGAAGGUCAAUAUGAUUGGUCCAGAAGAUUGGAAAAAAUACAUGUACCAAUGUGAGUGCUGUCUCGAAACUUUCAACAUUCCCAACUCUGUAUUUGGAGAUUCAGUAGUACUGAAUCUACUGAACGGUACUGAAUCAGUACCAACUGCUUGA